ACGCCAUCCGAGAGACUGCCGGGCACAAGUGCGGAUAUAAAAGAGACGAUCGCCGGACAUCUCCACGGCCGGUCCGCCUUCUCUGUUCCCCCGACAGAAGCCAGUUGUUUGGAGCCCGCGGCGCGGGGGAAGCGAUUUCAAGAUGCAGCGGAGCGAAAGCAAGGAGAUCCUUAAAGACGACGCAUACUUCGUGAAGAGAUUGUCGGGGCAGCGUCCAGCCCUGAGAGACUGGGGCCUCGAGACGAUCUCCUUCUCGGCCUCGUGUGACCAGCUGAGCCUCGGAAACCUCUGGUACCUGCUUGUGGCUUGGGCCACUCAUUUGACCCUCUUUGGCAUUUUGCUGAAGGACUUUCUGCCUCACGUCACCUCCAGCUUUCCGCUCGCCCACAGCCAAGGCGUGGUGCUGUGCCUCUCCGCGUCGUUACUCGCGCUGCUGCUCUUCACGCUGCUCUCCUUCCUCUCCCUGGAGCUUGCCGUCGUGCGCGUGCCCCGCGCGGUGAGAUCCUCCCAGCUCCCCGCCGGCCAGGCCGCCCCCCCGGGGCCGGCCCCCACGGGGUACCCCCCGGGGCUCGCCUGCGUACGGGGACGACGCCUGCUGGCCGUGGCGCUCUCGCUCCUGGGGCUCCAACGGCUGCCUCUGCACGCGCUCGCCGGGCUCGCUCUACUGCUGGCUCACACGUUCCUCUGCGUCGUCUCGCCUGCGGUCGACGGGGUGGUUUGUCCGCCCGGCGCCGCCGCCACCGCCGCCACCGACGCCGCCGUCCCGCUGAAUGGUUCCCAGGCGGGUGCUUCCGCCAACCACACGGACGGCGCUGGAGCCGAACCGGCGGGCCACAUUGUGCCGAUGGCGUGGGCGGAAAUCGGAGGCGUGGAUCCGCACCUCGACCCGGCCGCCAAACUCUGCCUGCUCUGCAUCAACUACCUCGCCCCACUGCUGUUCCACGCGACGCGGGAGGCCCGGCCGCUGUGGAGCAAACAUCGCGGCGCGAGCUUCGCCUACUGCGCGUUCCUCACGCUCACGGGCCUGAGCCGCCUCGCCUCCUACGCCGGCUUCCACGCGCUCUACUUGGCCGCCGCGUCCGGCGCAUCCGCGACGGCGCGCGGCCCAGCUCCCUGGCCACGUCUCAUGCUGCGCCACACCCAGGCGGUUUUGUCGUUCUACGCGGCCGGGUUGCUGCUGUCGCUGGGGGCGACGCUCGGCGUGAAGGCGAUCGCGUACCGCGCGCACGGAGCCAGCUCGGAGGGCGUGCGGCCCCCCUCCGCGGGCCCCGUCUCGUGCCAGCGCGCCACUCCCGCCUCCCGCUGCCGCUCGAGGCCGCGCGCGUCCCUCGUGGCGACCGGCUCCCUGACCCUCGCCGCGGUGGCCGCCAAGCUCACCGUCGCGGCGGACGCGUGGUCGCUGAGCUCGCGGCCCGCGACCCCCGGGCGGCCCGGCGGCCUCCCGCUGGCGGUCGCGGCGUGCGGAGAGGCGGCGUCCUGCCUGCUGUGCCUGGCGGCGUGCCUGGCGGCGUGCCUGCACCAGCUGAGCAGCGGGAGGCGGUGGGAGCGGCGCCACCGUCGGCUGUCGGGGUCGCCGCUCAGCGACGUGCCCAGCACCAGCAUCAUCUACAAGCCGGCGGCGCUAGCAGCACACAUCUCUUACACCCCCACCGGCGCGAUCGCGAGGACGUUCGCCUACUGAGAAAGAGACGCUUCGCUCGGUGUGCCCGACCCAAAAUAAAUCGACCGACUGAUUGUUUACACCUGACCGCAAACACAACGUGCGCUGUAUGUUUUAUGACUGUAAUAAUUCGUGGUUGCAUUAUUUCCCCAUUUUUCUCUGUUUGUAUGUAUGUUGAACUUCUUUUGCACCGUAUGUAGCCAACCUUGCUAAUCGGAGUUGCGGGGAAGGACAAGAAGCUAAAUACAAAAAGCAGUUCUAACGAAAUGAGUUUUCAAUCUGGAUGAAGGAAAAUGUAAGAAGAGGUUUUACCCUUCCUGGCAAUAAAACAGAAGGUGUUAAGAUGUUCAAACACCAAAUAGAAACCUUUUGCUCUCAGAAGUUGCCACGUUCGACUCCUUCACCCCGAUGCUCAACAGCUGAUCAAUACAGACACGCUUUUCACGCAACCAUUUGCAUUAUCGGUGUUUUUUUCACUUUUUGUCUAGAAUCCUCAUAACCCCAAGAUAAUCUA